AUGUCUGCCAAAGAAGUUGUGUCUGCCAAAGUUGCCAUUGUCACUGGCGGUGCCGCCGGCGUCGGUCUUGCUAUCGCCUGGAUGCUUGCCCGCCGUGGCUACAUUGUCGUCGUGGGCGAUGUUGCCGUUGAGCAGGGCAAUGAAGCUGUCGCCGCCAUCAACAAGGAGCAUGGCGAGGGCACUGCCGUGUUCAUGGCCUGCGACCUGGCCAGGACGGACGACAUCCACAACCUGAUUGCUGAGACCGUCGCCAGGUUCUCGCGCUUCUCCGUGCUCAUCAACAACGCCGGCUACCUCCGCGCUCCCUUCCUUGCCAUCACCGCCGAGCACGUCAAGGACACGAUUGCCAUCAACCUGACCGCUCCGAUCUACGCUACGCAGCAGGCCAUCAAGUUCUGGAACGAGCACCCGGACAUCAAGGCUAACGUGGUCAGCAUCACCUCGUCUUCGUCCUUCAAGACGCAUGCCAGCAUCGCUGCCUACGGUGCUGCUAAGGCCGGUGCUGCCCAGUUUACUUUCGCCUGCCGCUCGUUCGGCCCUCGAAUCCGCGUCAACGCUGUGGCGCCGACUGCUAUUGCCACCGGCUUCGACAAGAACAUGUCCUUCCGCGUGCCCACCGACAGGUCAGGGCCUGGCUACACGCCCGAGGAGGACAUGAGAAACAUGGGCCUGGCCAGGCUGCAGCCCGAGCAGGUUGCGGAGGCUGCUAUGGAGUGCAUCGACGACGAGACGAGAAUCGGCACUGUCGCUUACCUGGACGCAACAGUCGGCCAGAGGGUUCACACCGGGUUCCUCGACCAGUAG